CCUUAGGACAAACUGUAAAGACAAUGGCUUGAAUUAUAGGAGAAAUUAUUAGUCUGUAAAUAGAUUUGAUACCAUACAAUUGAAAUAAUACAAUCUCAAUUUAAGCUUUAAGCUUAAACAGAGUGAAUCUGUCACGGAUUUUAGAUUCAAUUCAGAACGUUGCUAUAUGCAGAUUAGAUUACACGGACUGCAUGCACUGUUAGUAGUUUUAUCUUGUGUUACACUGCCCUAGCAAAGAGUACAUGUUUACUUUUCGGCAGAUUGACGAAUAUCUUCAAAGAAACGAUGAGGGCACUGGUAUGAUACUCAAGUAACUUUGUAGUCCUGUUCGAGUCCUGUAAGAACACGUGCGCUGUCGAGCCUCUAAACUUGAAGUAUAUAUAUUUCGUAGUUACCGAUUGUAACGAUGGGUUUGUUUAUUUUAAAUCUGAGGAAGCAAUCAUACGACAGGAACGGAUGCAAAGACCCUCAGUUCAUAUAGCGCCAACGGGUUCUCGUUCCCAAGAAUAUAGUUUGACCGGAAGUAACAUGCUUGGAUUGCAGGAAAACGAAAUCAUUAGCCAAUGCGCCUAUUAACCAUGCCAUCGGAGGUUUAACAGAGCUCAGAAACGGUUAUUGUGUUAUACAGACGGUAAUCUAUGUGUCACACUGUAGCAAUCUCCCCCUUCCGAUCACUGAAAGAAAAUCCGUAAGCUGCCAUAAGCACUUUAUUCUAUUCAUGCUUUUGUUUUGAAAUCUGGGUUCCUCUGUUGUGCCUUGAAGGCUAAUUGUAACGCCUGCUGAUGUUGCGCAGAUAACUCGCUAAGAGGCAAAUAACGAGCGAAGUCCAAAGAACGAUUUGGCCUUUGCAGAAUAGUUGCUUUAUCUAAAAGGCCAAAGGGAUAUAAUUGGAGCUCUGAAUGCACCAUUGUUAGUUUUUACCUUCGCAUCGACAAGGAUUUACGGCAGAGCUUGUUUGUUUGUUUGCAGGUUGUCAUUAAUGGAGAAAUAUUCACUUCCAACGAUGAGAACUGUUUAACUUUCUGCUCAUUACUAAAGCCAUUUGUUGGUAAUUGGCCACUGGUUUUCGUCAACAAAGAUAAUAAUGCAUAUCAUUAUGAUGUCUCAUGUAUAUUAUUUAUCUUUGUUCAAUAACGACGAUUUGAUGAUGAGAGAGAUGUUAGCUUGCUGAGCCAGAGUCUUUGCGCACCACUCUGGAAGUAAUUAUUAGGGAAACAAGGACACUACUAGAUAGUCGUGUCGCUUAAAUAGUCAUUAUUUACUUACGCCUUUGACAAGUAUUUUGUACAUAAGAAAUGUAAAUAAUUAAAGGUAUUUCGAAUAUCAUCAAAUGGGAAUCGGAGUAAAGUAAAAUCCACAGAGCGGAGCUCUCCAACUGUCUUUGUCUGCGCCACGCGUCCUUGGACAUAACACUGUGUAAUGCCACUCACAGGCGCCUUAGCAGUGGAUACAGGGGAUCCCUUGUUUGGCUCGCGUAUGAUUUAUUACCAGACACAACAUCGUGUAUGCUGUGCACUGCGCUGCGAACUCUUACGAAUGAGUUCGUUCUGUGUGAUUCCUUACAUCUUUCGUCUACCAUAAGGCCCGUGCUAAAAAGUGUUCGCUUAUCCCCAAGUAGGUAUCGACGUCCAGAUUCCCAUAAAUACCGAAACCUGAAAAAUAUAUAGUUAAAUGGCCUAAAUCUGGUAGGCCUCGUUCGAAUAGUAAACUAAUGUUGUUCGCUGAGUACCGCGGUUAUUGUGCUCACUGUGACUGCUGCCGUGGGAAUUGCACGAAGCACAGCAGCAGUUCUUCCAUUAGGUGCCACGUCUGAAGCAGAGGACCAGUAAUUGUACAAUGGUAAAUAUCUUGGCCGCUGCUAACACCGAUGCCGCCUGCUUCUCGACCUGCAGCUGUUGCUGAUGGCAACCAGUUUGCUUGCGUAUGUCUUAAAGCCAACGAUAGAGUGUCGCUUCACGAUUCGAGAAUACUGAAGUACUCCGGUGUGGAGGCGUGCAGGAUACAUUCAAAUUUCCCGUCUUCGGCUCCGAUGCCCUUUAUCAACCUAGUUGCCUGCUACGAUCGCUGCGACCAAUAUUGCGGCUGCUGAUAGGCCUCUGUUCUUUGUCAAUGGCCGUCUGCUUGUUAACAGCGAUAGCGGCAUCUUCGGCGGUAGCGUAGUGUUGUUGCAGUGCGACGUAGUGGAUGGUGGUGAUGAUGUUUACCGAUGCGAGCAAUCCGUGAGAGCCCGUUUGCCCCUGUGACCCUACGGCGGUGAGCUUGUGGCCGUUUCCCUCACCCCGGUUCAGCAAUCGCCUUCAGCAGCUCAUCGCCGCCUGGCCCACUUGCGGGAUUUAAAAAGGCUCGCGCACUGAAACAUGUCCAACGCCAAACGAAUGAAGCGUUAAGAACACUUGAUCAUUUACUUGACUGAGUAAAUAACAGCAAGCCUCUGAGACAUGAGAGCCCUGGUGCUGGUUGUAUCGCUGGCUGGACUCGCCUGCGGCGGUAACUUCGGAGGCGGCCAUGGAGGUGGCGGCGGUAGUUGGAGUGCUGGAGGGGGAACUGGAGGCCUCGGGGGCGGUUGGGCCCCCAGCAUGGCGGGAAGCCAAGGGGCCGGGGGGGGGGGAUGGAAAGCCGCUAACGGCGGUGGAAAUGGACACCACGCUGAUGGCAGUAGUGGAGUCAAAAAAGUCUACAUUAUUAAGGCGGUAAGCACCGGGACUAUCAGCAGUGCUGGCGGUGGCUACGGUGGAGGCCAGGGCGGCAGUUGGCCUCCUUCGGGAGGUGGAGGCAGCAGUUGGAGCUCUGGUGGAGACGCCGCCGCUACCGGCGGAGGAGGGGGAUGGGCCCCAGCCCCGGCUCCAGCCCCGAGCCCAGCCCCGGUUCCAGCUGGCAACGCCGGAUGGGCGAAAGACGGCCAUGUUGAAGGCGGAAAGGGUAGAUCGCACAUCUUCAUCGUGAAGACUAAACAAAUUACUACAGGCGACGACACUGGAAGCCACCACGGAGGAGGUUGGGCGCCAAGCGGUGGCGGAGACUGGAGUGCCGGAGGCGGCGGCACUAGCUGGGCGAAAGGAGGCGGCGGCGGCACUAGCUGGGCGAAAGGAGGCGGCGGCGGCACUAGCUGGGCGAAAGGAGGCGGUGGCACUAGCUGGGCGAAAGGAGGCGGUGGCACUAGCUGGGCGAAAGGAGGCGGCGCUACUGGAAGCUGGAGCACUGGAGGAACGGCAAAUGGUUUUAGUGGAGGAGGAAACGGCGCUAAAGGUAGUUGGAAGCAGGGAGGCGGAGGAGGAUGGAAGCAAGGAGGAGGAGGAGGAGGAGGAGGAGGAGGUCUUGGACCCGGCACACCGGUUAAGGUGAUCAUCGUUAAAGCUCUUGAAGGGACCAACGGCAGCGGAAAUUAUCAGGGCGGAAACGACGGCGGCGGAGGUCAUCAUGGAAACGGGGGCGGAAGUAACGCUGGAUGGCAACAACAGGGAGGAGGUGGCCACGGAAGCGGAGCUGGUGGCGACUGGGCCGCCGGCGGCGGAGGAUGGCAGCAACAGGGGGUGGGAGGAGGAGGAUGGUAAUUUAAUAAAUUAGCGAAUCCAUAACCAACCGUAAUACUAACGCCAUUCGUUAAAUGUACAGAAACCAACGCCCAACCCGACCGAUACUGCAAAGAUGGUUACACAAACACGUACAGCCCCCGAAUUUAAUCAGCCCCACACAGACAAAACGCAAGUACGAUCAACCGUUAUGCGGCCCGCGAACGACGGAGAUAAUGGUGAUGAUUAUUGUGAGAAUGCUAUUAAUAAUAUCAUUUGCUAUGUAGCUAGGACAAAAGAGAAAGUAGAAGUUGAGGUCAAAAUUGCCUCCAAAUUGCUAACCAAUAGUGCGACUGGAAAUAGAUUUCGUGGCUAAGGCAGCUUGAUUAAGUGGCAAUAAGGCACCGAAAUAGCGCCACCAGUGGACACCGUUGGCCGCAUAAUGUGCAUCUACUCAUGCUAUACGGCAUAAAGAAUGAAGGAUGACCUGUAAAUAAUUUAUAAAAAUGAUAACUAAUUAUUAUAAUGAUAAUUCUAUUGCUGUCCCUCUCUCUCUCCCCCUCUCUCUCUCCCUCCCUCUCUCGCUCUCGCGCUCUCUCAAUUAAAGUGGCCACGCUUAAUUACAGUGCUAUGUAAUGAGAUGACAAUAAAUACAUAUGUUGUAAUUUAAUUUGGAA